AUGGUGUACGGAAUUGUGAUCUUCGCGACUGAGGGCUCCGUGCCACUGUUCUCGUCGUUUUAUACUCCCGAAGGAAACGACGAGCAAAUGCGAAAGCGGGAACAGGCUGUCAUUCGGCGCGUGGUCGAGGACCACCUUUUUCAGGUGCAAUGCACUCGAGACGUUCUCUUGGCGUGUACCCCCUCGCCCCCCGCUCCACCGUCCUCAACAGCUUCUACAGGUUCUUCCUCGUUAACCAUUAAUCCCUAUGGAGGAAAGCGGCUCACCGGAGCAGGAGCGGGGAGCCGUUCGUGGCUCGACGCCCCGCAUCACCCCGCCGGAAACGGCGCUGCAGGGACAGCUGGAAAGGCAGCGGAAGCCGAGAGUAUGAGCGCUCCUGGAGGCGUCCGUACAGCCGGAGGCGGGGGCGCGGGAUUUCGCCGAAAACCUCGAGGCGGUCCAGAGCCUUCGGCCCUUGAGGCGGCAGAGGCUGCUGCGAAAAGACGAGAAGCCGCCGUGACUGCAGCGAACAUCGCGGCUGCGGAAGUGAUGGAAGGCGUUCUGCUCCUUCAGCGCUCUUCGCUCUUCGCGUCGCCAAAGGUCGUGGUCUGGAAGCACGUCGAGAGCAUAAGCUACGCUCUGAUUUGUGGCGCGGUGGAUAAUAUUCUGCUUGGCGCGAAUUUCCUCACUCUGUUUAUCCAUUGCCUUGCCGAGAGCUUCGCCAGCGAUAAGAUCAUCUCGACUCAGCUCUUUGCUCAACAGUUGUUGAGUCGGCCUGACCUGAUUCUUCUCGUCCUCCACUUUCUGCUUCCCGGCGGGCAGCUAAUCUUUAUCAACGGCAGUCAGGCGAAGUUUCUGAAGGGCAAAAUCAAGGCGGCCCUGGAUCAGAAAAAGGGCUGA